AUGAGUGGAGAAGCUAGUGCAGCAGAAGAUGAGAAAACCCCUGGAGAUGUGGCCGAAAUAGCUGUUGAAACUAAAGAUGAUAAAAGUAAUGUUCCUAUAGAAGACAAGGAAAAAGAUGAGGAAGUGGAUGACAGUGUCCCUAUAGACCCGGCUAUUAUAGAGAAGUUGACGUUAGGAACCCUGGAACACUACCUUCCAAACCUGCAGAAAUCAAAGAGCUCACUCAACGAAAUCCUACAGAACCAGGGUAUACUUAUAGAGACAAUACAACAAGAAAACACAAAGUUUGCAGAGUGUAAAGCGAUGGAGGAUCUGGUAGAAACGAUGACUCAAGCAAAAAAAUAUUAUGCCAGACUGAACAACCUACGAAAGGAGAUGCAGUCAUUGUCUGACCGGUCUUUUAAACUCAAGAAAAGGGCUUUGAAAUUACAACAACAGAAGCAGAAAGAAGAGUUGUUGAAGGAAGAACAAAGGGAAAAGGAACAGGACAGAGAAAGGAUGCUCACAGCCAAAGUAGCUAACAAAGACUCUACUCUGUCACCCCCUAUAAUGAUGUAACGCCUUGUACUAGAGAGUGACCAGGUUUUAAAAGUGGCUGUUGUUGAAGAAUUACAAACUAGAAAUUAAUUAGAAGUAGGACUGAAAUUGAGACACUGUCCAUUUGUAGUCGCUGGUUAUGGAGAUAAUUCUCAUGUUAGGAACUGAGAGAAUUGUCUGUAUGGUCUUAGUCUCAAGAUUUCAUAUACCAUGAAGCUGCUCUCUCUACUUCAAUUGUCCCAGCUGUUUUGUGAGGGACAUAUAAAACUAACCAUAUCCGUCAUGUCCUGUACUGUCCUGUUCCAAAUCUAUGUCAUAGCGAUAGAACCUCUCCAUAGGUUUGGUUCAUAUUUACACCAUAGUAUCAUGUCUGAUGAACAUUUCCUGGGCUUUUAUGUCUGAUGGAAAUUUACUAGUUUUAAAAAAAAUUCUCCUGGUUUUAAUGAUGGUCAAGAAUUUGAUGAGCAAAAUGAAAUCACCCUUUUUUGUGUCUGUAUCCAUGUUUCUUUUAAAAUUUACACCAUUAAACUCUGUGAGAAAGUGGACCAGCACAAGGAAGUCGUAGGGAGACUUCUCCAGAUGGUAGUCUUAUAUUCAAAGGGAGAAUACUCCAGACUGAGACAUGUUUUUAAUGGGAGACUUCUCUAGAUCAUGGGCAUGUUCUCAAAGGGGGACUACUACAGAACAAAGACGUGUUCUCAAACAGAGACUACUCCAGAAUAAAAACAUAUUUUGUCAAAACACAGAAUUAUUUGAUACUGAAAAACUUAUCCAAAAAGUGAUAUUAUACCUUAAUUUUGUAGCUUCAAGUGACAUUGUAAUUAGGAAUCUAUUUAUAGACGUGCAGUCCAGACUAGAUGUAAAUUUUAUAAGGUUUAAACAAGGAGUGUCUUUCUCAAACUGGCGACUUAACAAAAUAUUACACUAUCAUGUAUUGUUUUCUACAGAUGUUGAUGAUGAUAUACAUUAUAUAAGUUAGAAAAUUUAAUUCUCUUCUCACCAAUUUCUAGUUUGGGACCAAACUUUUACACUGAAGAUUACAAAAUAAACUAAAAUAGCUAAAGACUCCUAGUGACAAAACACAGGUAUUAGAAUUAGUGAAGAGACAAUAGUUAAGACACAGCCUACGACUGUUUACUUAUCACUACUUCUCAUUCAUUGUCUUCACAGUACUAUGUACGUUUGCAGAUUGUAGCAUAAAGACUAUUUCGCUUUUUGGAUUAACAUAAUUGAACAAACAUUCAUCAACGUGCCUCAAACAACACUAAAUAGUUCACCAUAUUACUGUGUAUUAUUUUUUGUGCAAUAUUUUUCUAUAACAUUCUAUUGUUGACUGUUACUGUGUGUGUCAUAUUAUCAUUUCCUCUUCAAACUGUCCAUAUGUAUAUAUUGUGGCCAGGUGUUUAAUGGGAUUAACCCCCUAGUCAUCCACCUCUGGGUAGCAGGUUUGAUCCACCUCUGGGUAGCAGGUUUGAUCCACCUCUGGGUAGCAGGUUUGAUCCACCUCUGGGUAGCAGGUUUGAUCCACCUCUGGGUAGCAGAUUCGAUCCACCUCUGGGUAGCAGGUCUGAUCCACCUCUGUGUUGUGGGUUUGAGACCUACGUAGGGCAAUUGCCAGGUACUGGCUGUAGUUUGGUGGUUUUUCUCCGGAACUUCAGCUUUCCUUUGCCACCAAAACUUGUCAACACUGAUAAAUAUGACUGGUAAAUUACACUGGUACAUAUAACACUGGUAUAUAAAACACUGGUAAAUAUUACACUGGUAUAUAAAACACUGGUACAUACAACACUGGUAUAUACAACACUGGUAUAUACAACACUGGUAUAUACAACACUGGUACAUACAACACUGGUAUAUACAACACUGGUAUAUACAACACUGGUACAUACAACACUGGUACAUACAACACUGGUAUAUACAACACUGGUAUAUAAAACACUGGUAUAUAAAACACUGGUACAUACAACACUGGUAUAUACAACACUGGUACAUACAACACUGGUACAUACAACACUGGUAUAUAUAACACUGGUAUAUAAAACACUGGUACAUACAACACUGGUACAUACAACACUGGUAUAUACAACACUGGUAUAUACAACACUGGUACAUAUUACACUGGUAUAUAUAACACUGGUACAUACAACACUGGUACAUAUUACACUGGUAUAUAUAACACUGGUAUAUACAACACUGGUACAUAUUACACUGGUAUAUAUAACACUGGUAUAUACAACACUGGUAUAUAAAACACUGGUAAAUAUUACACUGGUACAUAUGACUGGUACAUACAACACUGGUAUAUACAACACUGGUAUAUACAACACUGGUAUAUAUAACACUGGUACAUAUAACACUGGUACAUAUAACACUGGUAUAUACAACACUGGUAUAUACAACACUGGUAUAUACAACACUAGUAUAUACAACACUGGUACAUAUUACACUGGUACAUAUGACUGGUAAUUACAACACUGGUACAUACAACACUGGUAUAUACAACACUGGUAUAUAAAAGCUGGAAUAUAAUGCUUAUCUAGUGAGGACUUCUCUUUAUACAGUUGAACCCCUGUUUAGGAAGUCUGACGUCGGAGGACCAAAUCCAAGCAGAAGCUAUUUACACAAAAAUGUGAGGUAUUUUACUGAGAGAUAUUGCAGAAUGUAGAUAAUUGUAUCUAUAGUUCCAAAGUUAAUAUAUCAGAAUAUUCACUGUCGUGCAAAUCUACUGGCCUCUAUUGUCAGCACAGUGCAAAUAUAGUUAAAUAGAGGAACAGAACUUGACUGAUUUUAGUCAGAUUGAACUAGAUAUUUCUGCUGUCUGACUGAUUUUUUAAAGAAUGUCUUGGGUGUAAUAUGUAAGGGAGAUAACUAUUAAUCUACACCCGGGCUAUACUGCUUGGCUAGGGAGAACUUCGUCUAAGCACAAUCAGUUGAGUGUAUGACUAGAAAACACAAAGACCUGUCCUGGGUUCAUCUCUAGUAGAGACAUAGACAUUACAAAGAUGUAAUGUGUAGGGAAGCUUGCACAUGGCUGUUAAUAAGGAAAUGUUUGUAAUAUUUUCAAUUACGGAAAUAAAUGUUUAUGUUUAUGUA